UACUUGCAGUGAAUUUCGGAACGCAGUCAGUGCUGGAUCCCGCGGGUGAUAAUCCGUGCAAGUUAAAUUUGUACAAAAUCAAAUUUUUCAUAGAAAGUUCUUUUACGAAAAUUGUUUAGUACCAAGUAAAUAAAUAAACCAUGACUAUCGUGACAUUUUUAAGCCGUAAUGUUAACUUAUCUCGGGUGUCAACGUUGCGUCCAUGUAUUUAUGGACAAAAUGUACAAUAUUGGUCAUCAUAUGCCAAAUUUGCUGAGCACAAGCCAUUGGAGAAGGUUAGAAAUAUUGGUAUAUCGGCUCACAUUGAUUCUGGAAAAACUACUCUGACAGAACGUAUUUUAUAUUAUACUGGUAGAAUAGUCAAAAUGCACGAAGUAAAAGGAAAAGACAAUGUUGGUGCAGUAAUGGACAGUAUGGAGUUGGAAAGGCAAAGAGGGAUCACUAUCCAAUCAGCUGCAACGUAUACAUUAUGGAAAGAUCAUAACAUUAAUAUUAUUGAUACACCAGGGCAUGUAGACUUUACAGUAGAAGUCGAAAGAGCUCUACGUGUCUUAGAUGGUGCUGUACUUGUUCUGUGUGCUGUGGGUGGUGUGCAAUCACAGACAUUGACUGUGAACCGUCAGAUGACGAGAUAUAAUGUACCUUGUCUGGCAUUUAUCAAUAAAUUAGACAGAAUGGGAGCAAAUCAUAAAAGAGUCUUGGAACAAAUGAGGAAAAAGCUACAUCAUAAUGCCGCGUUUAUACAGAUACCAAUUGGUCGGGAAGGUAAUACUAAAGGAUUGGUUGAUCUAAUUCAGCAAAAAGCACUUUAUUUUGAGGGAGAUUUUGGGGAAAUUAUUAGAGAAGAUGAAAUCCCAAAGGAUAUGAAUGCUGAGGUGAACGAGAAGAGACAAGAACUGAUUGAGCACUUGAGUAAUGUGGACGACGUACUUGGUGAUUUGUACUUGAAUGAGAUAAAAUUAACCGAAAAAGAUAUUAUGGAUGCCAUACGCAGGGCUUGCGUGAAAAGAAAAUUCACUCCUGUUCUAGUUGGCAGUGCCCUAAAAAAUAAGGGUAUUCAGCUAUUACUAGAUGCAGUAGUGGAUUAUUUACCAAACCCAGGGGAAGUAGAGAAUUAUGCUCUUCGAAUGAAAUCAGAGAACGAAUUCGAGAAAGUUUUAAUGAAUCCUGCUCGAGAUAAUAAGGAACCUUUUAUCGGACUGGCAUUUAAAUUAGAAGCUGGAAGAUUUGGUCAAUUGACGUAUUUCCGUUGUUACCAAGGAAUGUUGAGCAAAUCGGAUACCUUGUACAAUACAAGAACGAAGAAAAAGAUGCGAGCGCAAAAAGUAGUUCGGCUUCACUCAAAUCAAAUGGAAGACGUGACAGAGGUUUAUGCUGGAGAUAUCUUCGCUUUAUUCGGUAUAGAUUGUGCGUCCGGCGAUACCUUCGUGAAAGAUCCUAAGUUAAAUCUAUCGAUGGAAUCGAUCUACAUCGCAGAUCCCGUAGUCUCUAUGUCCAUUCAACCAAGCAAUUCGAAAGAUCGAGACAAUUUUGCGAAAGCUAUGAACCGAUUCACCAAAGAAGACCCGACAUUGCGCAUGCAUUAUGAUCCAGAUAACAAGGAAACCAUUGUUUCUGGAAUGGGAGAAUUGCAUUUGGAGAUCUACGCGCAAAGAAUGGAACGCGAAUACAAUUGCUCGGUGAAUCUUGGAAAACCGAAAGUUUCCUUUCGCGAAACUCUAACCAAGGCGUGCGAGUUUGAUUAUUUACAUAAAAAGCAGAGCGGUGGUGCCGGUCAAUAUGCUCGAGUGAUCGGUGUUCUGGAGCCAUUGCCGCCCCAUCAAAACACGCAGGUCGAAUUUUCGGAUGAAACUGUGGGCACCAACGUUCCGCGACAAUUCAUUCCGGGCGUGGAGAAAGGCUUCAGAGCCAUGUGCGAGAAGGGCAUGCUCAGCGGUCACAAAAUCGCCGGGAUCAAAUUUAGAAUAAUCGACGGUAUGCAUCAUUCCGUCGAUUCUUCGGAGUUCGCCUUCUUCCAAGCCGCGCAAGGCGCUAUCAAAGAUGUAUUUGAGAGCGGUAGCUGGCAGAUUCUGGAGCCGAUCAUGUUGGUCGAGGUGACGGGGCCGGUAGAAUUUCAGAGUCAAAUAUUAGGACAACUCAGUAGACGAAAAGGCAUCAUAAAUAGGACAGAGGUCAACGAUGACUGGUGCGCGGUCAUUGCGGAGGUACCGCUCAAUGAGAUGUUCGGUUACUCCAACGAACUGAGAUCCAGCACUCAGGGUAAAGGAGAAUUCACUAUGGAGUAUACGAGAUACAGUCCUUGCUUGCCGGAGGUACAGGAGCAACUUAUUAGACAAUAUCAGGAGUCACGGGGAAUAGUAGUGGUGAAGGCGCAGAAGUCGAAAAAUUGAUUGUAAAAUAUAGAAUAAACAUUUUUCAUUCUUUAGCAAAAAUUGCACGACGUUACCACAUGUGUUGCGAGCUCACAUUGUCUCUGGUAAUAUUGUUUAUUAUAGCUUCAAUCUUAUAUUUGAUUAUACCAACUGAUAAGUUAUUGAUACGUAAAUGUAAUAGCUAAACGUGUACAGUGAUUCAUAUACUUAUAAAAUUUAAUAAUACUGAUUA